AAUACCGGGCCUUCGAAUUUGGGUCGGAUCUGAAGGCCCAAAACAACUUAAAUUAAAAUUAAAUUGAAUAAAUUUGGAGUUUUUAGAAAAAAAUAAAGAGUAAGAACAGGGACUAAUCGAGAAUUUUAAGGCUAAGCGAACCCAAUACUAUAUUCGUGACCCUCCUUCUCGGUCGCCAGCGCCACCGCCAUCGCCAUCUCCAUCAGAGAAGAACUUCUCGACCAACAAUGGCGUCUGCCGACGAUCUAGGGCACGGCGCCUUCUUCGAUUCCUGCGCCGACGAUGACUCUGACUCCGAUGAUGAAUCCUUUGGGCCGCCUCCUCCCCCGCCUUCCCUUGUCGCCGCACCCACAAACCCUAACCCUGAUGGUGAUCUCCCGACCUUAUCAUCUGACCACCAGCAGGGCCCUCUUUCGGAUAUCGAUGCGUUCCCUUCCAACGCUCUGGUCGCAUCGAGCUUCGACGAUUCCCGCCGGUUGUUCCAGCGUCUCUUCUCCGAUGAAGAUGAGAUCACGAUCCUCAAGGGUUUCCGGGAGUUCGUCUCGCAGCGGGGAACGACGCACGCUUCCUAUCAAUACGAUACGGGUCCGUUCUAUGACCAGAUCAAGGAGAAGCUGAAUCUGGAAUUCUCGAAGAACCAGCUCGUUGAGAAGCUCCGGAGGCUCAAGAAGAAGUACCGCACCGCCGUGGCUCGGAUCGCCGCCGGCCGUUCCUCCUCUUUCAAGAGCCCCCACGACCGUGAAGCCUUUGAGAUCUCUAGCCAAAUUUGGAGCCCCACCUUCAAGCGCCCUCGUGACCAGCGCGCUGAGGCCGAGACCAACAAGGUCAGAAUCAUUGAUUCCAAAACCCUUAAAGCCAAUCCCAUCUACGCCACUGCCGAUGUCGAUCAUCACCGGGAGCAGAAGCCAAUCAAGUCCAGAGGAAGACCCAGAGACCAAUCAGAGCCGGUGGAGGUCGCCGUCGUCGAGGGUUUGCCGACGCCAUCCAUGGGGAAUUACAACCAUGGGAUGGGGGAGACUGUGAGGAGUUGUGUUACACCGUUGUUCAAAGAGUUGCUCAAUUGUGUAAUUUUAGGGCCAUCGAUGGCCGGAGGUUUAAUCGGGGGAUCACCGGCGUUAAGCCCCUGCACUCCGACGAGUUCAUUGGGUGGGAUGGAUGACAAAUGGAGAAAACAGCAGAUCAUGGAGCUGGAGGUGUACGCAAAAGAGGAUGGAUCUUGUGAAGGAACUGAUUGAGAUGAAGUUAGCGGAGCUCAAGUCCAAAGGAGGUAAUUGCUGAGUAUCAUCUCAUUCUCAUCUAUGAACAAGCGAGAUAGAGAUUGCUGAAAAAAAAUAGGAUCUUUUUUUUUUCUUUGUUUCAUUGAUAGGCUUUAUUAUUGAUCAUCACAUAGUUUGGAUGGCGAUCUUUUUAUAUGUUUUCUUUC